CUAUACCACUUGAUGUUUGAUUUCAACAAUACGUAGUCUUGUGAUACAGAAAACAUGUCCGGUCGUGAGCGAGGGGAUUAUGGUCCCGCCUCUUCAGGCGUCCGAAAUAAGGUAUCGGUCCUGGUGCGGAACAUCCCCUUACACAUGACGGUCGAUGAUCUGCGUAAGAAAUUUGAAAAGUUUGGAGAGCUGCGGGAUGUGUACAUUCCCCGGGACUACUACACGCAGCGAUCGCGUGGAUUCGGCUUUAUCGAAUUUCGUGACGCACGUGACGCCGAUGAGGCCAUCUACCAACUGGACAAGACCAGCAUUGAUGGCCGUGAGAUUAAUGUGUGUCUGUCCAAGGAGGGACGCAAGACGCCGCGCGACAUGAUGGUGAUCGAGUCAAAGCAGAACCCGGGGCGGUCGGGCGGCAGCAGCGAUCGCCGCCGCAGCCGCUCUCGGAGCCCGCGCGGCCGGGGCGGCCGGGACCGCAGUCGCUCACGCAGCCCGCGGGGCCGCGGCGGGCAUGAUUACGACCGGGACAGGGACCCCGGCAGGGACUACGACCGCCGUGACCGCGACAGGGACCGUGAUCAUGACCGCCGGGACCGUGAUCGCGACCGGGGCAGGGACUAUGACCGCCGGGACCGAGACCUGGACUACGACCGACGGGACCGGGAUCGGGAUCGGGACUACGACCGGGGCGGCUCCCGAAGCGGCGGCCGGGAUCGUGACCGGGAAUACGACCGGGAUCGCGGUGCCGGUCGGGAUGGCGCGCGGUCCCCAGACCGGGACCGGGGCCGGGACAGGAUCUAUGACGACCGGCGGGGUGCGGACGAGCGGGAGCGCACUCCGCGUGGCGGAAGUCAGGAGCGUCCACGGGAGCGGGUGCGUGACGAGGACAGGGAGCGGCCACGUGAGCGCAGCCCGGAGCUUGAGUGGGACGCGCCGCGCAGGCGCGACGGCGGCGACUAUGACGAGGCCCGUGGCGGCGGUCCUGUGGGCGGUGGCGGCGGCGGUGUUAAUGUGCCGCAGUCCGCCGCUGACCUAGACGUGGACCCCGACUUGGUGGCCUUGGACCACGACUUCUGAGGGCGGCACAGGAAGAGGAAGAGGAGGAGGAGGAAGGGGCGGCAGCUCUUCCGGGGAAGGGGAGCUGCAGCGAGGGCGAGGCAGCAGAUGCAACGGGGCUGCCAGGAGGCCGAUGCGGGCGGCUGUGUAUGAGUUUGCGUGCGUUGCAUCGAGGCGCAGCUGCAGCUCGCGCUGGCUGCAUCCGUAGCCGGUGGCUGCAUGCGGCUGCUGCUGCAGAGGGGACGCCGCGCAGCGCCGCUCCGCGCAGUGACUGCGUUGGGUAGCACUGGGCUAUGGAGCGACAUGAGGCGGCUGGCAGGCGGGCGGCUGCAUGAAGGCAAGGUGGCCAGGGCGGGGAGCUUGAAGGCGGGGAGGCCGCGGUGCGGUUGCUGGGCCGGGGGUGGCGGGAGCUGGAUUGGCGACCGAGUGGGUUAGCACGGCUGCAUGGCCGGCACCCUGGGUGCAGGCAUGGGCGCAGGUAGGGACAUUUGGUGACCUGGAUAUCUACCGAAUCCAUACGGCUGGAUGCAUGCUGCUGCCAUGGCACUUCUUACUGGCGAUGGCGGCUAUUGCUGCCAUUGCCGUAUUCAAUGACUGAGAGUGAGAGCGCUUGCGCUGGCCCAACGCGCACGCAUGAGGUGCGGAGGAACGCAACAUUGGUACACUCACGAGGACCUUCCGGCGAUGGCCUUUGGAUAGGCGAAGUUAUGAGUGCGGAUGUUACAGAGGGGACAGUCACAGCACCCGAAGACGCCGAGCCAUCACAUGCUAUCAGAGCCC